AUGGCUUCUACAGCAACUUCUGGCGCGGCCCGCUCGUUCCCUACCAUCAAGCAUGUGCGCACUUUUGUAACACAGGGCCCCGGAAGUGGUGGAGACUAUCACAAUGUCGCUGGUGGCCAUUGGCUCAUUGACAGCAAAAUCUCAACGCCAAUGAGCCAAUAUGAGCAAUACCGGAAGUCGAGAACAAGCUGGGGAAUCAAUGUGCUUGGUUCCUUCUGCGUUGAGAUUGAGGCCAGUGAUGGCACCAAGGGCUUUGCCACGGGCUUUGGAGGACCGCCAGCGUGUUGGCUGGUUGCCGAACACUUUGAGCGCUUCUUGAUCGGCCAGGAUCCCAGAGACACCAACCACAUGUUUGAGCAAAUGUACCGCGCUUCAAUGUUCUAUGGCCGCAAGGGUCUCCCCGUCGCCGUCAUCUCAGUCAUCGAUCUCGCCAUCUGGGAUCUGCUUGGCCACAUCCGCAACGAGCCCGUGUACAAGAUGCUGGGUGGUGCCACACGUGAGAGACUCAACUUUUACUGUACUGGUCCCGAGCCAGCAGCAGCAAAGGAGAUGGGCUUCUUUGGCGCAAAGGUACCGCUGCCCUAUGGUCCUGGUGAGGGUGUCGAAGGCCUGAAGAAGAACGUCGAAUUCCUCACCAAGCACCGUGAGAGUGUUGGCCCCGACUUUCCCCUCAUGGUCGACUGCUACAUGAGUCUGAACGUGCCGUACACAAUCGAGGUGGUCAAGGCAACCGAGCACCUCAACCUCAACUGGUGGGAGGAGUGCUUGUCGCCAGACGACUCUGAUGGCUUUGAGCAAAUCAAGCGUGCUCAUCCCCGGAUGAAGUUUACUACUGGCGAACACGAGUACUCACGCUACGGCUUCAGGAAGCUCAUCGAGGGACGCAACCUAGAUAUCCUCCAGCCAGACGUUAUGUGGGUUGGCGGCAUGACGGAGCUUAUCAAGAUCUCGGCCAUGGCUGCUGCGUACGACAUCCCUGUUGUGCCCCACGCCAGCGGGCCGUACUCCUACCACUUUGUCGUCUCCCAAGCGAACUCGCCUUUCCAAGAGUACUUGGCAAACUCGCCAGACGGUAAAUCCGUUUUGCCCGUAUUCGGUAACCUCUUCACCAACGAGCCCAUUCCCACAAAAGGCUAUCUCGACGUCAAAACCCUCGACCGUCCUGGCUUUGGCCUUGAGCUGAACCCGCAUGCCGGAUUGAUCGACGCCACCCGCAUCCUCAACCCUGCGCCACAAAAGGCCCUGAAGCCUGCUGAGCCAGAGAAGCCGGCCGAGGCCAAUGGGACCAUCAAGGAUACCGUGAACAGCGCGCUUGAGAAGCUUCACAUCGGUGGAGCUGCCCAAGGCACUCCUGCAAAGGAGCCAUCAGAGGCUGAGUUCAAUGAGCUCAAGGCAAAGUACCAGAAGGCUGGCCAAGAUCAAGUUUUUGCUUUCUACGACAAGCUGUCUACCGCCGAGAAGGCCUCUCUCUAUGAGCAGCUAAAGAACUUCAACCCCGAAUAUAUUAACGAGAUCACCGAGCGUGCCCUCCACCCUGCACAGACCGAAGCAACCGAGAACAAGCUCGAGCCUCUCCCCGAAAAUGCCACAUCUUCAGUCCUCGACUCAUCGCAGGGCGACCUCGACCAAUGGUACAACAGCGGCUUGGAAUUCAUUGCCAACAACCAGGUCGCAGUUGUGCUGAUGGCCGGUGGCCAAGGCACCCGCCUGGGAAGCUCAGCUCCCAAGGGAUGCUUCGACAUUGGACUCCCAAGCCAGAAGAGCCUGUUCCAGUUGCAGGGUGAGCGCAUCAGGAAGGCUGAGAUGCUUGCUGCAAAGAAGCACGGCAAGGAAAACGUCACCAUCCCAUGGUACGUUAUGACUAGCGGACCUACCCGAGGGCCUACCGCCGAGUUCUUCGAGAAGCACAACUACUUUGGCUUGAAAAAGGAGAAUGUCGUCAUCUUCGAGCAGGGUGUCUUGCCAUGCAUCUCAAACGAGGGCAAGAUUCUCUUGGAAAGCAAGUCAAAGGUCGCCGUCGCACCCGAUGGUAACGGUGGUCUCUACCAAGCCCUUAUCCAAUCUGGUGUUGUAGCCGACAUGGGUAAGCGCGGAAUCAAGCACAUUCACGCCUACUGCGUCGACAACUGCCUGGUCAAGGUCGCUGACCCCGCCUUCAUUGGCUUUUCUGCGUCCAAGAACGUCGACAUUGCCACCAAGGUCGUCCGCAAGCGCAACGCUAAGGAGUCUGUUGGCCUCAUCCUCCAGAAGAACGGUAAACCAGACGUUGUCGAGUACUCUGAGAUUUCGACCGAGGACGCAGAGGCAAAAGACCCCAAGGACUCCGAGCUUCUCAAGUUCCGUGCUGCCAACAUUGUCAACCACUACUACUCGUACAGCUUCCUCGAGAGCAUCCCAGCAUGGGCCAAGAAGCUGCCCCACCACGUUGCCCGCAAGAAGAUUCCCUAUGUCAACACCGAGACUGGAGAGACAAUCAAGCCAGAGAAGCCCAACGGCAUCAAGCUUGAGCAGUUCGUCUUCGACUGUUUCCCUUUCCUUACCCUUGACAAGUUUGCUUGUAUGGAGGUAAAGCGUGAGGACGAGUUCUCGCCGCUGAAGAAUGCCCGCGGCACUGGAGAGGACGACCCCGACACGAGCAAGCAGGACAUCAUGACACAGGGCAAGAAGUGGGUCCAAGCUGCCGGUGCCAUAGUUGUCAGCGAGGACCCCAAGGAGGGCAUCGAGGUCUCCCCACUGAUUUCUUACGGCGGCGAAGGUCUCGACUUCCUCAAGGCGAGGACAAUCAAGGCUCCCGCAGUCAUUGAGUCGGAAGACUAA